AUCUUUACACCUACAGCAUUUGAAGGGUCCUCUUCCCAAGCCUUCUUCCUUCAGCCUUUAUUCUCCCUUGGGUUGUUCAGAUCACCUUUGUCCCAGGAAAGAAUCAUUCUACAAGAAGAUUCAGGGUGUCUAAAAGUUGGAUACCAAGCAAAGUGACUGUUGAAACACCUUUGUCUUUGCAUCAGGAUGUUGUGCUGCCGUAUCUUCAGCGUGUUGAUGGCAUCCUUGAGCAUCAGCCUACUUUUGAUGGCGCUCAGCACCGAUUACUGGAAAGUAUCUUUUGCUUCUGCUGGGACGUCCCACAGUGGGCUAUGGCAGUACUGCAUUAACACUGGAUUAGCCGAAAGCCAAUGCUUUGCUGUAAAGGAUGCCUUUGGCUACAUCAUAGCUGCCCGUGUGUUUCUGAUUAUGGCUUCUCUAGCGGCGUUGGCAUUACACGUCUUCCUGAUUGCCGCCUUCAUGCCUUCCAUGUGUGGCAUCCUAGGCAAACCCUUGAUUGCUUCUAUGGCUGCCUACGUGGCUGGACUCUUCACUCUAAUAGCCCUAGCUGUUUAUACAGCUGAAACAUGGAAAGAGAAGACCUCAUCUCAACUCCAGGUCUCCUUUGCAUGGUCUUUCUACUCUGGAUGGAUCACUUUCCCCCUGUUUCUCUUGGCUGGCAUUUUCAACCACGUUGCCUCCUUGAACGCUCCAUCUUCCGGUUAUGAAAGAGUAUGAACGUCUUAGUCAACAAGAGAGCAAGCACAAUUGUACGGAAGCUUUCUCUCAACAAAGAGGGUACCUCGUCCAUGCUUCUCCUGUAACAAUGCAUUUCCCCAUCUACAGUAUAGCUCAGCUAUACUUUUUUUUUUUUGCUCACUUUCCAAAACUAUUAUCUUGUAUUUUAUAGAGAUUUAGAAUAGAAUAGAAUAGAAUAGAAUAGAAUAGAAUAGAAUAGAAUAACAGAGUUGGAAGGGACGUUGGAGAUCUUCUAAUCCAACCCACUGCCUAGGCAGGAAACCCACCACUUCAGACAAAUGGUUGUCCAAUCUCUUCUUAAACAUUUCCAGUGUUGGAGCAUUCACAACUUUUGGAGGCAAGUUGUUCCACUGAUUAAUUGUUCUAACUGUCAGGAAAUUUCUCCUUAGUUCUAAAUUACUUCUCUCCUUGAUUAGUUUCCACCCAUUACUUCUUAUCCUGCCCUCAAUGCUUUGGAGAAUAUCUUGGCUCCCUCUUCUUUGUGGCAGCCCCUGAGAUAUUGGAAGACUGCUAUCAUGUCUCUCCUAGUCCUUCUUUUCAUUAAACUAGACAUACCCAGUUCCUGCAACCAUUCUUCAUGUUUUAGCCUCCAGUCCCCUAAUCAUCUUUAUUGCUUUUCUUUGCACUCUUUCUAGAGUCUCAACAUCUUUUUUACAUCAUGGCGACCAAAACUGAAUGCAAUAUUCCAAGUGUGGCCUUGGCAUUAUAAAGUUGUAUUAGCACUUCACAUGAUCUUGAUUCUAUCCCUCUCUUUAUGCAGCCUAGAACUGUGUUGGCUUUUUUGGCAGCUGCUGCACACGCUGGCUCAUUUUUAAAUGGUUGUUCACUAGGACUCUAAGUUCCCUCUCACAGUUACUACUAUUGAGCAAAGUACCAUAUAUACUAGUUAUUUCAGUAACUAGGGAUCAUUUUGAUAAGUAGCUGGCUUGUCAAUAAAGGCUUUGAGUAUCACCUAUGGCAGUCUUUCCCAAUUUUAGUCACAUUGAAAUGUGUGGACUUCAACAUGUAAAUGCUGGCUGGGGAAUACUGGGAUUUGAAGUCCACACGUUGACGUGAUUACGGUUGUGAAACAUUGACCUAUGGUCUGUCAAAUGUGUUUGGCGAAAGGUUCUGGAGCAUGCCCUAGGGCAACCUUCAAAAAUUAAGCCCUAUAUUUGCAGCCCCCAAAGCUCACUCUGCCCCUAAAACUAUGCUACCAAAACGUGUUGGCAAAAUUGUGAUUUCAGGUGGCAAAAUUACCAGUGGCUUUUAAGAGGUCAGGUAGGUAGGCCUCUAUUAAUCUGAAAGGGUUUAUUUCUCCUGAUCUUCAGCUCGGCAGGAUAUUGAGACUCUACCUAUCUUCUGGGAAUUCUGGGAGCUGAACUCUUAAAGUUGUUAAGAUUGAGAAGCAUUGCUCAUAGUACCAUGUGAAUUGUCUUUAGUGCUUUAAAAUCAGGAUUGCUUCACUAGUCCUUUUCUUCUGGAAGUACCAUCCUCUGUUCACUUACUUUUCAAGAAGUGUCCAAUCAUUUCAUUUGCAAAUUAUUCCAUUCCAAUGUAUUCUGAUUUGUGUGGUUUUUUUUAAAUGAAUGAUUACAAUAGCCAUGUUCAGGUUGCAUAAGAUUGACUUUGGAUGUUGUCUGGGUAUCUUAAAUUAAACAAUGCUUCUGUUCAA